AUGGUCGCAAUUCCUGUCCCCGACAACUACGGCCUCGUGAUCGGCGUGGCCCUCGGCGCCAUCCCACUGCUGGGCUUCGUGCACGGCGGUGUCACAACCUCGAUACGCAAGGAGGCCAAGGUGCCGUAUCCUCACAGCUACGCGUCGGUCGAGCAGUGCCAGGAAAAUGUAUCCCCUUCCCCCUCCCUCCAGUUUAUAACACUGAGCCUUGACAUUAACUUACUUUUUCUUUCUCUUUUUCAGGCCAAGGCAGAGCAGUUCAACUGCGCCCAGCGCGCCCACUCCAACUUCCUGGAGAAUUCCUCGCAGACCAUGCUCUGCACGCUGGUGGCGGGCCUGAAGUACCCCGAGCUGGCGGCCGGCAUUGGCUCCGUGUGGGUCUUGUCCCGUGUGAUGUUCCUGUAUGGAUACGUGUACUCGGGCCAAGCGCAGGGCAAGGGCCGAUUCAACAAGGGCGGACCUGUCUUCUGGCUGGCGCAGGGUGCGCUCUGGGGACUGGCUGUGUUUGGAGUUGGGAAGGAUCUGGUGUCGCUCUAG